AUGGCACUGCGUGACUACAGCAUAGCUAUGUGCUACUACAUGAUUCCAGAGAAUGGGCAGGAGGCCAUCUGGAAACUCCAAACCUUUUGGACCUUAACUGUACCCUUGUGGCUGGACUCCCCUCAAGCGCAAAGAGGUAUCGCCUUUCCUCGGCAAGCGUGGGGAGAACGGGAGGGAAGGUCUCGGAAAUCCAGCUUCGUUUCGGGACAAAGGGAGGUCAAAAGGGGAGGAGAGGUGCAUCCUUCACCGGGGACCGCCGGCAACCGGCCCCUCCCCUCCCCGCGGGGCGGGCUCGGGCCCCGCCGCAGCCUCCCCCCGCGCUCGCCGGUAGGCGGCACCGCCACCCGCCUUCCUCCGCCUCCUCUUCCUCCUCCUCCUCACCUUCGGCGGCCGCCGCGCCGGGUCACCCAGAUCGCGGCGGCGGCGGCGGCAGCAGCAGCAGCAGCACACCCGCCCGGCGAGGAAGGACGGCCCGGGACGGCGGGGAUGGCGCGGCGCGGAGCGGAUAACCAGCCACUCUACUCGGAGCAGCUGGAUGCAGAGGCAAAGCUAAGCCAGGGUGUAGUGGCUCCCUGGAUCCUCAGCAGCCAUGAUAACAAGGCCUCUUCUUUUGUCAGGAUGUUUGUCCAGGUAUGCCUGUACUUCUACUGCAAAUGCUUGUGGCGCUGCCUGAAAUUUGUGGUCAGGAAACUAACAGGUCAAUGUGAAUUGCAAAGGAUCUGUUACAAUACCAAACCUGGAGCUGCCAGAACUAUGAAAAUAGAGGCAUCACUGAAAGGUUCAAAAAGUAAGCGGCUGCAAACUUCAGUAAGUGUUCACCCUGAUGCUAUUGAAAAAACUAUAGAUGACAUCAUGGAGCUGAAAAGGAUUAAUCCAGAUAUAAAUCCACAGUUGGGAGUAUCUCUUCAGGCAUGCCUGCUGCAGAUUGUGGGGUACAGAAAUCUGAUAGCAGAGGUUGAAAAGCUGCGCAGAGAGAUGUACGAUUCGGAGAAUCUGCAACAUGAGGAAAUGCUUCUGAAGUUGUGGAAAUGCUUGAAGCCCAAUUCGCCACUGAAAGCUCGGAUUUCAAAGCAGUGGUGUGAAAUUGGUUUCCAAGGUGACGAUCCUAAAACAGACUUUAGAGGAAUGGGUCUCCUGGGCUUAUAUAACUUGGUGUAUUUUGCCGAAUGGGACACUGAGAUAGCUCAGCAAGUUCUCUCUGAUUCUCUUCAGCCUAAAUACAGGGAAGUCACUAAGAAGGAACCAAGCCAAUUCAGCAAAGCCGAAUGGGAGAAGAAAAAGCUUGAUAAGGCAAUCGGCUAUUCUUUUGCUAUUGUGGGCAUUAACAUAACAGACCUCGCAUACAACCUGCUUGUGAGUGGAGCUCUGAAGACCCAUUUCUACAAUGUUGCUCCAGAAGCACCAACACUAACUCACUUUCAGCAGAUGUUCUGCUACUUAAUGCAUGAAUUCCACAAAUUCUGGAUUGAAGAGGAUCCACUGGAUAUAAUGGAGUUCAAUCGUGUCAGAGAGAAAUUUCACAAGCGACUCUUGAAACAGCUCCAGAACCCAGAGAUGGCUCUGUGCCCUCAUUUUGCUGCAUCAGAAAGUUUAACCAAUAUGUAGUUACUCACUCGAUUUUAUUUGGAAACACUAUCUCACUCUUGUGUUAGAUCACUGUUUAGACCAUCACUAGCAUACUGAAUGACCGUGCCGAUUGUAUGCAUGUUUUUGGUGCAGUAUUCAUCUAUUUUUGUCACAGGUACUAGAUCCCCUUAUGCUUCUCUUUUGGGGGAUUUCUCAUUUUAAAUGGGUGCUCAUAUUGCUGCAUUAUGCAAUGUUACAUUCUGAAAUGAUGUCCAUGUAUCAGAGUUUUUCUAUUUUUUUAGACUUCCUCAUAAUUCAGCAUUGACAAUUGAAUUGUAUUUCUCUAGCUGUGUUUUUUGUAUAUGUGGAAUAAGUAGCUGGAUCUUGUAUUGUGAAAGCUUUUUAACUUCUUGGUAUGUUUUAAGGUAACUACUGGCAUUUCAAGCAAAAUAUAUGUUUGGACCUCGUCUAGAAAAUAAUGUGUGUAAUUUAAUCUGGUGCAGGCACACACAUUAAAGUCCAAUUUUCUCCAUGCAGCCAUUAUAUGCUUAAUGCAGAAUUAGUGAGGCUUAUGAGAUACAAGUUUCAGUGAGAAGAGUUUAUGCAGAAUUAUAAUCAGACUCCACAGCUGCAUGAAUACCAAAUGGUCUGGUGAUGCUAAUACAUUCACAGUGAACUGCAAACACACUCACAACUGCUGGAUACUGGCAGGGACCAAAAAUUAUAUCAUCAGGCUGUCACCACCACCCCCAUGCUGAAGCAUGGUCUAAAUUCCUGCACAUUCCUUGGAAUAUACAGGGGUUAGUAUUUUAUGUCGCAUGUUGGAAGGCAACGUGAUUUGGUCACAUUGUGCUUGGUGAAUUCAGGGGAGCAAAAAUCUAUAUAUUUUUUUUGAACUACUGAAAAUGUUGUGUUGGUUGUCAAUUCAGUUCCUAAGAACUGGGAGAAAUAAUUGAUUAGAAGGUUUAGAGCAAGACCACUUGAGUUUCCCAGACUACUUAUAAAAAAAAUUAAAAAUGGCAAACUGCCUUUUUCUAAAAACAUAAAUGGGUAAAAGUGUCUGACACUAAGAUUGUGUAGUAUAUUGAACAGCAUCUACCAUGGCAUUUCAUACCCAUGGUAUUUUUUUACCUUCUAAGCAAUCAAUUUUAGUAUUAUAUGUUUGUGUAAAUCACUUGCAUAUGGAGAUUAAAUUGAGUAGUGUCCAACUACUUGUGAAUUAUAUGAAUAAAUUAUAUGUCAUUCUACACUGAA